CGGGCCUCUGGCAGGAGGAGUAAAGAUGGCGGCGCGGGGUCCUCCGCCUUCUGUUCCUGGCUGAAGCCCUCUUAGGGAGGCGGCAGCGGCCACACCAGCCUACCAGCAGUCUGGUGGUGGUAGUUUCGGCAACAGCUGCUGAGGCUCGAGCCAUGGCGGAGCUGGAGCACCUUGGAGGGAAGCGAGCAGAGUCGGCGCGAGCGCGGCGGGCUGAGCAGCUGAGGCGCUGGCGAGGUUCCCUGACUGAGCAGGAGUCCGCCGAGCGCCAGGGCGCGGGGCGGCAGCUGCAAACCAGGCGCCGGAGCCCCCGGGUCCGCUUCGAGGACGGCGCAGUCUUUCUGGCUGCCUGCUCUAGCGGGGACACGGACGAGGUGAAAAAGCUUCUGGCAAGAGGUGCCGACAUCAACACGGUCAACGUGGACGGCUUGACAGCCCUGCACCAGGCCUGUAUUGAUGAAAACUUGGAUAUGGUGAAGUUUCUGGUGGAGAACAGAGCCAAUGUAAAUCAGCAAGACAACGAGGGCUGGACACCCCUGCAUGCAGCAGCAUCCUGUGGUUAUCUCAACAUCGCAGAGUUUUUCAUUAACCACGGAGCCAGUGUGGGUAUUGUGAAUAGUGAAGGUGAAGUCCCUUCUGACCUUGCAGAAGAGCCAGCCAUGAAAGAUCUUCUUCUGGAACAAGUAAAGAAGCAAGGAGUUGAUCUAGAGCAAUCAAGAAAGGAAGAAGAACAACAGAUGUUGCAGGACGCCCGCCAGUGGCUCAACAGUGGGAAAAUAGAAGAUGCAAGGCAACCACGCUCAGGGGCCACAGCCCUCCAUGUAGCUGCUGCCAAGGGCUACUCUGAAGUCCUCAGACUUUUAAUUCAGGCUGGUUAUGAACUCAAUGUUCAAGAUCAUGACGGCUGGACUCCUCUUCAUGCUGCUGCACACUGGGGAGUGAAAGAGGCUUGCUCCAUCCUGGCAGAAGCACUUUGUGACAUGGAUAUGCGGAAUAAACUGGGCCAGACGCCUUUUGAUGUGGCUGAUGAAGGUCUUGUGGAGCACUUGGAGAUGCUCCAGAAGAAGCAGGAUGUGCUUCGAAGUGAAAAGGAGACACGGAAUAAGCUCAUAGAGUCAGACCUGAAUAACAAGUUUCAGAGUGGACUCUUCAACAACAAAGAGAAGAUGCUUUAUGAGGAAGAGAUACCCAAGUCCCAACAAAUGGAGGAAGAAAACAAAGAAUCCAGCAGCUCCAGCUCAGAGGAAGAGGAAGGUGAAGAUGAGGCUUCUGAGUCAGAAACUGAGAAGGAGGCAGGUAAAAAGCCAGAAGCUACUGUCAACCAUUCCAACUCUGAAUGCAAGAGUCGAGUCAUGGAGCAGAUCCCAGCACCAGCUCAGAACACCUUCUCUACCUCCUCUACUAGGAGAUUCUCCAGUCUUUUUAAUAAGGCAGAAGACCCCAAAGAUGAAUCUCCUUCUUCAUGGAGAUUGGGACUCAGAAAAACUGGCAGCCACAACAUGCUGAAUGAAGUAGCCAAUUCCAGGGAAGGUUUAAGGGAUCGAGGUUCUUCCAUCUACCGCUCCUCAUCAAGCCCUCGGAUCUCUGCUCUGCUGGAUGACAAAGAUAAGGAAAGAGAAAACAAGAACUAUUUUAGUACUCUAGUACCCCGGAGGCUCAGCAGCACAAGUGACAUUGAAGAAAAGGAGAACAGAGAGUCAGCUGUUAAUCUAGUGAGAAGUGGCUCCCACACCAGGCAGCUGUGGCGGGAUGAAGCAAAAGGAAAUGAAAUGCCACAGACAGUUGCGCCUUCCACGUUUGUGUCAACCUACUUGAAAAGUGCUUCAUUUGGUAAAAGUAGUGAUCCCACAAGUCCCUACAUUUCAGCCAAUCGCAAUUCAUCUCCUGCUACCUCACCCAUUACCAUUGGUUCAUCUACUUCUCGGGGCAGCCAGUGGCAACCUGCCUCUUCUUGCCCCGCACCAAUCAGUACAAACACUACUGCAUCUGUACAACAUGUCAGGACUCCUUACAAAUCCCAGGCCGACUCAACAGCAGAGAAGACAACAGACAGCCUCUCCUCUAGUACUCCGCUCUGUGUGAUCACCAAUCGUCCGCCACCUAGCACUGCCAAUGGGGUCACAGCUGCCGCUGUGCUCUCCUCCACUGGAACAGACUCUUCUUUGGAAGCCCGGGAGAAGAGGAGGUCCUAUCUGACUCCUGUACGGGAUGAGGAAGCAGAGUCUUUACGGAAAGCCCGCUCCAGACAAGCUCGACAGACACGAAGGUCUACUCAGGGUGUUACCCUAACAGACCUUCAAGAAGCAGAAAGGACUUUCAGCCGGUCAAGGGCAGAGAGGCAAACACAGGAGCAGCCUAGUGAAAAGCUUGAAGACCCUGGUGAAUUUGAGGGGAGCUCCAAGAAGCAGGAACACUCAGCAGUUCCAGCAAAGGAGUCUGGGGAGCGCCAACAACCCUGGGGCAGGAGUCUGGAUGAGGAGCCCGUCUAUCAUCGCCUAAGGUGUUCAACUCAAGCAGACAAACCCACAUCACCAGUGUCUCCCUCUGCAUCAAGACCCUCUCUCUAUACCAGUUCCCACAUUCUACAGACAAACAGAUCUUCAGUCCCUGAACCUGGGAACUCAGAGACUACCACCAACACUACAACUGCAAAGGAAAUGGACAAAAAUGAGAAUGAAGAAGCUGAUUUGGAUGAUCAAUCCUCUAACAGACUGUCUAUCCGAGAGAGGAGGCGGCCAAAGGAACGGCGAAGAGGCACAGGCAUCAACUUCUGGACAAAGGAUGAGGAUGAAGCUGAUAUCUCUGAAGAGGUCAAAGAAGCAUGGCAUGAAAGACUUUCUAGAUUGGAAUCAGGAGGCAGUAACCCUACAAGCAGUGAUUCUUACAGUGACCGAGCCUCAGCAAGAGCUCGUCGGGAGGCCCGGGAGGCCCGUCUAGCCAGCCUAACCAGCCGGGUGGAAGAAGACAGCAACAGGGAUUAUAAAAAACUCUAUGAGAGUGCCCUGACCGAAAACCAAAAGCUGAAAACAAAACUUCAGGAGGCCCAGCUAGAGCUAGCAGAUAUAAAAUCCAAGCUUGAAAAGAUAGCCCAGCAGAAACAAGAGAAGACCUCUGACCGGUCAUCAGUGCUGGAGAUGGAGAAACGGGAGAGGCGAGCCCUAGAGCGGAAAAUGUCAGAAAUGGAGGAAGAGAUGAAGGUGUUAACAGAACUGAAAUCUGACAACCAGAGGCUGAAGGAUGAAAAUGGUGCCCUCAUCAGAGUCAUCAGCAAACUGUCCAAAUAAAGGAGGUUCAGAUCUAGGAGGGGGGAUAGCAUUUGCUGCCCUGCCCUUCUUUUCCAGCCAUGGCCUUCCAGCCAAAAGAAGUGAAUGUUUGGGAGGAAGGACACGUCUUUCUGAUCCCCUUCAGUCACCUCCUCUACACUGUACAUUUUCUCUGCACUCUCAGUGUCCUGUUGCUCCCACACUCCUACCCCAAGUUUUAUGACAGUUUCAAUGGAAGCAUGGUGGUAAUCAUUCAAGCCAUUUGGAGAAGGCCUAUGCAGUACACCAAGCUCAGCUGUGGACCUCCCAACUUCCUGCUGCUUUGUCCACAUUGGUUUUGGUCCAAAUAUGUAAGGCUUUGAUCCAUAGCCUUUAUACUGACCUACUGUCCUCUAGUAUAGAUGAGUCUUGUGGUGCCACUCCAGGAUCCUGUGCCAAGAGAAAGGGCAGGAUGUAGAAUUGCUCUGUGGACUGCCUCUGGAGCACUUUGCUUGGAGUCCAGGGUGACUGUGACUCUGUACUGAGACUCUGUAUUCUUCACCUCUCAGGAACUGAUUCAUUUUUAUUUUCUCUGUCAGUAGCUCAAUAACAUCCCUGCCUAGUCUUAACCCUACUCCUCCCUUUCUUUAAGGCGUAGAUGGCCCUGACCUCACUUGCUCCUUUUACCCCUUUGUUUUUUCCUUCCCAACCUGAUGGUAUAAAAGCUGAAACAGAGCUUGUGACCGCAGUUGUCUUUGGCCAUUAUGGGAAACCAUCACUCUGGUGCCUUGGUGCCAUGGCCCCUGCCCCUGAAAAGCUAGAAGAUGGCAUAAAUGUCACUCCAUUGUUCACAUCUCCCACUUGUCUGCUUGCAAAGUGACUUUAUUAGAAAACCUGGACUUUUGGAGUCAGACAUAGUGGCACACACCAGUAAUCCCAGCUCUCAGGAAGCUGAGGCAGGAAGAUCAUGAGUUUGAAGCCAGCUACACAGUGAGACCCUCUCUAUCAGGGAAAGGAGAUCUGGGCUCUAAAUACUGCACUCACCUUGCUUCCUUUGGCUUUGUUUUCCUCUCCACUGUGAAACCUAUUGCUAUUGAGGAAUGGAAUCAUUACAGGGAGGCAUGGGAGGGUAAGGAGUUGUUGGAGAUGGGACUAGAGAGUGGAAGCUGUAUGGAAAGAUAAGAAGAGAGUCUCUGAAAACACUUGGAACACUGUAUAUGCUGUGAAAACGGUGGUGUGUUUGUUUCUGGUGGUUACAUUUAGGGGAGAGACAUUUGCCUUAGAAGCUGACGGGAGAAAUAACUGUUUGAUAGAGAUUGAAAAGGAUGAAGUACUUUCAGCUGAUGACAAAAGUCACAGGAUCUUAGAGUGGCAAGGUCCAAAGGUCAUCUGGCCUAGCUUCCUUAUGUCAUAGGCAUCCCUUCCUGCUGCCACAGUUUUGAUACAUGGUCUGCCUCUGGUGGCUAUGCAUUUAUUACUGGAAGGUUGGGCAACUUUAGUAACCAGUUUUUGGUAAUACAAGCUGAGGUCUGCCUGCUAUGACAGCCUGUUAGACAGGGGUGGUUGGCAGACUCCCCUUCCCUAGUCCCUUGAGUUGCUCCUCAGAUGGCAUGCUUUCCAUGCCUAUCAAACCUUGGCCACUAUCCUCAGGACAAAAAUAGCCCUUUAGACUAUCAUGCCCUAACCUAUUCCAUAAUUCUAGCAUGCAGUUAAGCUAAUAGUUCUCUGGGAUGUCUUGGUAUAAGUGGGUAUGGUGUUUGCUUUUUGUAGGAACUUUAUCCCUUGGUUCAUUUUAGAGGGCAGGUCAUUUAAAGCUUCAUUAUUUUGGAGUUUCCAGUCAUACUCAGUGUUGGGUGUGGACCAUUCUCUUUAAGAUACACUACCUCUGUUAGUUUCUCUUAUGAAAAUGGCCCCAUCAUUCUCCAUGGCCCUUGCAAAGUUCAUGUGCUCUUAAACCAGAAGCUGUAAUUCAGGGUCUGUAACAGCAUAGGAGCCAUGUCUCCUCUAACAAAAUCCCACUUGUAGCACAUGCCAGAUUCUCUUACCUGUUUCUACCCACUUUUCUGAUGUGCUUUCUUGGGCCUCUGUUAUCAUGGAGCACUGAGAGCUCAGAUCUGGAAUUAUAAAUUACAAUGAGAAGUUCCUCAUCUGUUGUAAUAAGCCUUUCUUUCUUGCUACAGAGAGGAAGUCACAAGGUAUCAGCUGAUUGAUUCUCUAACAACUAAUUGGGGUAGAGGGGAUUCUGUCUCAGGAAAAGAAAAUGGGAUUUUAGGAAACAUUGUGAGCCCCCUCCAUUUCAUAGACCAGGUAAAGGUGUUGCAGAGUUCUCUCCCUUUGUGUCUUUUGAAGCAUGGGGGCAGGUUCUCAAAACUCUCAAAUGGGCAUUACACCUUACUGCUAUGCAUGGCCUCUUGCCAGAAAGUUUUCUUAUGAGAACAAGUUUUUCAGUCUCAGAAAUACUGAGUUCUGUGAGCAAGAACUCUUCAAAGUAUAAACAAACCAUCCUAGGUAAUUUCAGGCUCUUCCUUACGCCAUUAAUUUUAUUAGAUAGAAAACAUUCUGAAUUGUGGUCUCUUCCAGAGAAGAAAACCCCCAUUUCUUUACAACCAUAUUGACUGGAAGCACUGAUGAGGUGGUGGAUAGCCACCUGUUCUCUGGGUCCUGGUAACCCCAGGUCUCCUUUUCUUGUAUUACUUGGUUAGAUGCACACGGUAGGUCUCCCCAGUGGCCACUGACCCCUUUCUCACCAUUGGCUUGGUACUUGUGAGUAAUCUGGCACUUCAAGCAGAGAGAACCAGCUACAAGCUGCCAGCCAUACAGGGCUUACCCUCAUUCUAGUCUUCGUGAGGGGUUUAAAUGGGGAAGAAAAUGUUCUCAGUACAGUGCCAUACCCUCCUCAUUUGAUAUCUUACAAUAUCCAUGCCUUUGGGAGUAAUGACUGGGCUGUUCAGAGGGUCUCUGGAUGGAGUUUGCCAUUUUGUUUUUCAGGCACUUCUGAGCCUUUUCAGACAGCUCCAGCAUGUGAUGACUCCAAACUCCAUCCCAGUCUCUAGGGGAAGGGUUAUGCACAUCUCAGGGGAUAGUCUCCAAAGAAUCUGAAGAACAGAUCUAUUUUGGGCCCACUAAAUUCACUACAUUCUCAACUGGGCUGGUCUCAUUUGCAUUACAUAAAAUCUCCCUGUCUGUCCAAAGGUGGGAUGUGUUUGCUCCUCAUCCACUUUCCCAGGCUCUAUCCCAGCCCUCAUCCCUCUAGCUGCGUGUGUUCUUUGAGACCACCAAGGUCACUGGGUUCCACUCAGGAAGCACAGAGGCUAGCAAUCUGUGAGUCCUAAAGAAGUAUAUAUGAACUACUUGCGAUUUCUCCACCAGAAACACUUCACUGAGCCAGAGUGAAAGAAGGAACACUCAUAGACAUACACUCUGCUAGGACUCUGAUGCCUAGCCUCUUUGUAUCCUCUUGCCAUAGACAACUGUAUCCUCUCAGCAGAAGGCCAGUGUUUCUGUGUAGGCUGCUGUGCAGAAGGUCCUGAUAGGGCCAGCACUCAUUAGGCAGUGGGCCUAGAGUGAGCAGAAGCCCGAAGAAGACAGGACUGUGGGAAGUGUUGCCAGCUGCUUCCAGACUGUUGUGCACCUUAAAGGGAAAGCCUAAAGGAUUCAGCAGGUAGACCAGCUAGGAGGGAUAAUGACUAGUUCCACCCUCCAGGUGAGCCACAGGUUCCACUGUAGCCUCACUAAAGCAGUUCUGUAGGAGCCCUGUGUCCUCUCAAGACCACCCAGACUCCAGCCCUGUUCUUUGCACACCUUUAUCAGAGGUUGGCCCUGCUCAAAUCCAGGCCCAAUUAUAGUGUCAUAGUUUCCAUUUGAUUCUGAAUGCAGGUAUGAACCCUCAAAAAAUGUGGGUUCCCCUGACCCAGGAAGUAAGGCAGCUUUGAGAACAGGAUAAGGUGCAUACUGGGGGAUCCAGGACCAACUUCUAUUUAGCUGUGACCUUGGGCAAGAUAAUCUUUAAAGUCCUGUGAUUAAUUUUUAGAAAGAGCAGAACACUUUUUUUUUUUGAAAUAGGGUCUCCCUGUAGCCCCAGCUGGCCUUGAACUCACAAGACUCACAAGAGAUCCACCUGCCUCUGCCUCCCAAGUGCUGGGAUUAAAGGCAUGAGCCACCACACCUGGCAUCAGAACACUGAUUAUACUUGGAAUUUCUCCUUCAAAACUUCCUUUUAAGUUAAAAAAUUCAAGACCCAAAACUCUUGUUUUCUUCCACUCAAACUGUUUAACAACAGCAUGUCAAGGUUGACUUCUCAUCCUUGUUGGAAAGUGAGUUUAAUAUUGAGGGUAAUUGAAUAGUGUUGCAAUUGCUUUCCCUCCUAAUGGUUUGGUAAGAAAUAUUAAACCUGCAGAGGUGGAAAUUAGAGCUUGUGGGAAAAUGGAUAGAAAGCAGUUUGCUGCAGGCAGCCCUUGGACAAAUCAUCAUAAUGGGAAAUGGAGAUGCUGCUUUGCAGGUUUCUUCAGCCUCUUCCCCUCAACUUUCUUAAAUGCGGUCUGCACUGGCUCUCAGUACCCAAAGAGCAGACUAAUUGUAUUUCUGGUUAGCACUAGCUUGUUCCUAAUCUUGAUUUCUGCCUUGAACAGCAAGAGAAUUUUCCUCAGUAAAAACCUGUCCUUACUUCAACAGAGCGCUUCCUCUGGGUGCUAAGUUCUCAGAAGUAGAAGGUUCUGGUGCUCUUUAACAUGCCUUCAUUGAACACAAAUCCACAGAAGGGACUAUGAAAGCGGUAGAUGUUCACAGACCCCUCAGCUACAUUGCAUAGAAUUGUGCCCAGCUCUGGCCAGACUGGUGCAUCCUGGGUUUGAAUGUGAGGAAGUGGAUGACCUGCAUGCUGUGGUGGGUAAAAGGCAGAGGGCAGUGGCUGUGAAUGUGGAGCAGGAUGGAGGUUGCAAGUGAUGAGAGGAAGGAAGCUCUUGGGCUUCAGGAGAGGGAAGUGAGUUCUGUUUCACUAACUUUAUCCUAAGAGCUCCAGCUGAGCAGAGAUCUUAAUCAGCUUCCUUAAUGGGUAUUGCCACUGCUCAGGAGCAGUCAACCCUAUCAGGGACAGCUAUCGAUUGCUAGUGUUCUGAUUAGAUUGGAAAAUCAACUUCAUUCUAGCUCCAGAGCUGUUAUUGUCACAGCUACGAAGGAGUGAGGUGGUCUCUGAGGGCUCAGGAUAAACAAGCGGACACUCAACCAGUCAGACAUUGGGUGAAGUUGCACCCACAUAUCCUUGAGCUGUGGUUGAGGGCCACAACUGGCCUGAGGUGUGCUUGCAAGCCAGUGUCUGGAAGCCUGCUGUGGCUAGAUGGCAGAAAAAGGAGGGAACAUCUAGAGCCUGUGGCACUGAUGCAUGUUCUGGCCUCACCCAAGAAGACAGUACAACUGAAGGACUGUCUGUAAACAUGAAUUUGCCAACCUGAAGCUUUCAAAAUGAGGUCUGGCACUUUCCUGGUUAGAAGUAAGAAGUCAGAAACCAAUUUUAUCCAAGUGUAGUGUUUUGUUGGUGUCUUUUGUUCUUCUGACUCCCAGUUUCCCACACAUCUGCUUAUCUUUGGACUUUGAAUCUGUUGAGGCGACAUUUUGUUAUUUCUCCUCUAAAUUUUCCCCUAAUGCUGCCAAUAAAUUUUUUCUUGGGUGGCCCCUUAAGGUGUAUUAAGAUUCUCUUAUGUCCUUCCAAAACAAGCAUCCCUUCCCCCAUUUCCCUCAUCCCUCUGCAUUCUUCAUGCCUUGCUUCUACUCUUGGACCUGAUGGUGCUUGAAAGAAGAGGUUUUCUUCUAGUCAACCAAGAUUCCUGGAGGAUUUCCAGAUACCAACUGCAUCCCCCUACCCCUCUUCUGCUUGCAGAGCUCCCUGACUGUCCUAAUGGCCCCUCAGAGACAAGGUCUGACUUGUACGUCUGGAUGAUUUCUCUAGAGCCUGGCUUUGUGCUAUGGUAGCAUGUCUGGCUUAUUCCAUCUUUUUGAGAAGUGUGACUGGUUACAGCUCAAGGUAGAAGGACAGCACAAACUGAACCAGUAAGUUGGUAUACUAGGUGACAGUCACUCAGCCCAUUCAUUCCACCCUGGCAGGAGAGAAGAUCCACUAAAGGCUCACUGAUGGUUAGGAGUUUAAGAGCCACUGACAUGCUCUUGAACUCAGAGCUGGGGAUCAGAGCAUGGAUCCUGAACAAAGGACACUCAGGGGCCAGCACCAGCUUGACUGUCUCCAAAGUGUGUCUAUACAGUUCUUACUCCUACUCUCCUGAGACCUCAAGCAGAUUCUAGUUUAUCCUAUGAUGGGAGAGGCCAGGUAAAGAGCAGUUGUAGAUAAGGGCACAAAGAGGCAGGUAUAGGAGAAAGAGGGCUCUAGGAGGAUGUGCCUAUUCAACAUGAUCCCUUCCUGGUUGGAUCCUUGGAAGGUCAGACCCCCACCCAGCUGGCACCUCAAGGAAGGCCUCGAUUUCCCUGAAGAGAGGAGGAAUGUGCUGCACCCCUGCCUGCAUCUGGUGGGAGAAGACAUGGCCUGUUCUCAAUUGAAUGGUUCAGACCCUGGCUUUGGCUUUAUGGUUUCCUCACUAUGAUCAUGCUUCCUCUGCCCUGACCCUGAUCACCAUUUUAGUACUAGCAUUUUGUCUUUACUCUCUCCACCCUUCACUCUUCUAUCACAUUUAAUGCACCAGAUGGAACUGUUUUCAGCUGAGUUGUAUGGAUUAACUCCAGUCCAUUGUAAAUACACCUGGGGGAGGGUUCUGAGGGAAGGGAAGCCAGACUCACUUUGUGAACUGAAUGUAUUUUUAUGCAAUUUUGAGUGGCCUUUCAACCCUGAGAUGGAUGAUUUUUGUUUUACUGGUUGUUAUUAUAUAGUAUUAAGUAUUCUGUGUUUGAAAGUUUGGGAAUAAUAUUCACAUCUCUAUGAUGCUUGUAAACACAACAGUAUUUAUAAAUGAGUAAAUAAAACUGUUUUAACUUUGUGCCAUGA